UAAACUGAGAAAGGGAGAGAGAGAUGGGAUGUGGUAAGAUUGAUAGGGUGUUGACUGGAACCGGCAACUGGAAUGAUGAGAAAGCCAUUUAGCAAUGAGCUAGGGAAGUUAUAAAAGUGUCCUCAUCGACUUGUGAAGCAUAUAAGCGCUGCUGAAGACUGAUAAAGUCCUCCACAUCCUUAUAUUCACACUGAGGGGACAUCAGGCAAAAAACGCAGACAAGAAUUAGGAAUAAUUUUCACUGUCGGGUUCAUCCACACAACAGUAAAAUGAAGCUGAUGUUCACAACCCAUCUUUUCCAUUUGCUCCUCCUCUGUGCAACCCAGACAUUAGGCGUCAGGAUUCAGUCUGCAUCAGAGGUCAGCAUUGAGGGUGUGAUUCAGACUGAGCUGGAGAGAACUGUGUCUCUGCUCUGCCUGUCUGACAGCAGCUCAGAGACUGAGCCCGAUGAAGAGCUGGUGUGGCUGAGGAAUGGCGUCAUGGUCAGCCUGAUGGAAGAAAAUAAGAAGAGUCCCAGUCGAGUAUGCGUGACACCUGUCAUCCAAGAAGAUGAUGGUGCCACAUUCACCUGCCACCUGAGCAGCAAUGCCUCCAAUAGUGCCUCAGUCACCCUGAACGUCACAUAUCACCCGCCGCUCAUGGGGUUAGAGGAGCUCGUCGUAGAAGAGGAGUCAGUGCUCGUCCUGCAGUGUGACAUCCUGGCCAAUCCACAAGUCUCAUCCGUGGUGUGGACAGUAAAUGGAAGCACAGUGGAUCUAUUAGCAAGCGGCUUCAUGUUGACCAAUGACGGCGUUACAAGCCAACUGAUUGCCAACAGCGUGGUGAAAAGCCUACACAAAGGCAAUUAUUCGUGCCUGACAUAUUCUCCCCUCUAUGGAGAGCAGAGGAAGCUCUUCAGUGUCACAGUAACAGACAAGGUCAUUAAGUUCCCUCUGAUGCCCAUAAUAGCGGGGGUGGUGGUGGUGUGCCUCACCGCCAUUCUUGCCCUGGCUUCACGAUGGAGCAAAAUCACAAAGUGCUGCAAGUAGUGUCCAAAAGUAACUGGCUUCUCGACUUCACCAAACAAGGCCUUGAAGACGUCGCACCUCUCCGCAAAUAUCCAUUUCCGUAGGCCUAAUAUUUCAUUUAAGAUUAUGUUAGACGUUGUUAGGGGAAAGACUGAACAUCAUAGGAAAAGCAGUUAUUUUAUUUCAUGCUGACAGUUUGGGGACCAAUACAUUAGAGCCAGCAUAAAGCAUAAUGACUGGAAUCAAAGGGAAACAUCUAGGCAGGCUGUGUCGAGAAGUAAUCCCCAUUACAAUCACGAUGUGUAGUUUUCAAACAAGAGAUAUAACAUGUUGAUAAGUGAUAUUGUCAACUGUAACUAUGUUUGUCAUGUAUUUAAUCAUUGAUAAUGGCAGUGGAAUCCAUGAGAUCUUCAACAGUGAGACCUGAGGUGAUUCUUUUGUGGUGGUUACUUGUCAUACUGAGAGGCUACCUGACCCUGUGGUGCAGAAGUGAGGUUUUAAGACUCCAUCACCUGUUUUCUUUUUCAUGUCAUUGCAAUAAAAAUACUUUUGUUCCCAGA